AUGGUCACCUUCAAAUUACUUUUUGCCAUUUCCACCAUUAAAGAAUGGCAUAUUCUACAAAUCGAUAUUAAUAAUGCUUUUUUAAAUGGAGACCUCAAUGAAGAUGUGUACAUGACAUUACCUCCUGGACUAACUACUUCUCAAUCUGUGGAUACAGGUGCUCCUCUCGUUUGCAAACUUCAAAAAUCCAUUUACGGCCUCAAACAGUCCUCGAGACAAUGGUACAAGAAGCUCACUGAUGCUCUGCUCCAAGACGGAUUCAAACAAUCCCAGGCCGAUUACACCUUAUUUACUAGAGGAACAGAUGAUGAUUUCGUUGCCCUGCUUGUCUAUGUUGAUGACAUAGUGCUCACGGGUCUUAACAUCCACACUUUGCAACAAGUUCAGCAGUCUCUACAUCAACAAUUCAAACUCAAAGCUCUAGGAGAGCUAAGAUACUUUCUUGGAUUCGAAAUUGCAAAAUCAAAAGAAGGUCUCUUUCUCUCUCAAAGAAAAUACACACUUCAACUACUUGAUGACACUAGUUUUUCUGGAUGUAAACCGGCUAAAACCCCCAUGGAUCCAAGGACUAAGUUGGACGAUCAGCAAGGAGAACCUCUCACUAAUCCCUCAGCCUACAGACAACUAAUUGGGAAGCUCCUAUACCUCACUUUAUCAAGACCAGAUAUCACUUAUGCAGUGAAUAAUCUUAGCCCAUUCAUGUCAACCCCUAGAACACAACAUCUGCAGGCACUCAACCACCUCAUUCGCUAUCUUAAAGGAAGCCCUGGUCAAGGCAUUCUAUAUUCAACCACUUCCUCUCUCAAACUCUGUGGUUUCUCUGAUUCCGAUUGGGCUUCCUGUCCAAUUACAAGACGAUCAACAACGGGAUUCUGCAUUUUUCUUGGUGAGUGUCUCAUAUCUUGGAAAACAAAGAAACAACCCACCAUCUCAAAAAGCUCAGCAAAAGCCAAAUAUAGGGCACUUGCUGCAACAACAAGUGAAAUUACUUGGCUCCAAUACUUACUUUCAGACUUCCAAAUACAACAAACAAGUUCGGCAUUCAUAUAUUGUGACAACCAAUCGGCUAUCCACAUCGCCAACAACCCUACAUGUCAUGAACGCACCAAGCACAUCGAACUUGAUUGUCAUUUUAUUCGAGACAAAAUCAACAACUCCACAAUUCGGCUCAUUCCAGUUUCAAGCACAUUACAGUUGGUCGAUGCCUUCACCAGGCCCUUACCAGCUACUACCCUCACUUCACAUAUUCGCAAGAUGUCUAUAUAUGACAUAUACAGUCCACCUUGA